CUUGCAUGUGUGUUUUCUGCGUACUACUGUUGGGUUUUGCUUACGAUUAUUGUUUACUUACUAUUUAUGUAGUUGUUUCGAUGUGUUUAUACAUUGGUUGUUUAAAAAUAAUAAUUUGUGAAUGUUGUGCUUGAGUGGAUCGGAAGUUUCUAAAAUCGAUUUCUUCAGUUAAUUGCUAAGCUGCAGAUUCAUACAUCAUGUCUUGCGAUGGGAAUUUUGGUCAAAGGUUCAACGCUAUAGAACGUGAUCGUGAUUUUUUUGCUCCAGAAGAAUUACCAGACCAGGUGUUGGAUGAUUCUUCAGCUCAUCAAAUAAAGAAACUGGAUAAUGGAGUGGAAACUUCUCGUAUCGAUUUGGAAGAUAGAAAUACGUACGUCCAUGCCCAUUUUAUUCCAACUUUGGAAGACAUGGCUACUCUUACGGCAACUUUAGAAACAUUGCAUUAUCACUACUCUGAAAACUUCUACGAUUAUCUUAGAGAUGUGAACAAAGUAAUCGAUAACUUGAUGGUACCGAACCGCAUCAGAGAAAAAAUUACAGCGCUUUGCGCUGAGAUGAAAAAAGAAAUGUGUUCUCUUAGAUUCAGUGCGGGCUGGCGCGGGCUUGAUAGGCCUCUCCUGAAAUUGCGCCAUAUAUACGAUAACGAUUCGUAUUUUUAUGUCUACGGACUGGUUUGGAACUCUAAUGGCCACAUCGACGACAAAAAAACGAUAGAGAAAGCUUUAUCGUAUUCGAAGCGAUCGAAUAAUGGCGAUUCCGUAUUCCAAAUAAUGUCUAAAUACUGCAUAGUGAAUCGUAUAAUGGAUUUUCCUCUGGAUUCAUUGAGUAAACCGUUCAUUCAUAAUCAAUGGGCUCUGGAAGCGGACAAACUAACAAGGUACUGGAUAAGAUAUAAAAGAAGGAUUACUAAUGAUAUACACGUUGGAAGCUAUGAAUCUGCUUUGAAUAGUCUACUUAAUUCGUUGAAACAGAGUCUCGACAACAAAUAUCAAUGGUCUGCGUACGAAUACUUCUGGGAUUUUUUCAAUGAAAACGAUCAAACGGCACUGGCCAUUAGUUUAAUUCAAGACGAGAAUUACAAAAGAUACCAGAAGAUUUUAUUCUCAAUGUUGAGUAAAAAUCAGCUCAAGCGGUUGUAUUCUGAAGAACCUUUUACCAUUAUCGUCAAUUUUGUGUCUUUGGGAGAGCUGGAGCUAGCGAAUGCGGUUUGGGAUCGUAUCAAGUUGACAAUUGAAUUUGAGCAAUACGAACUCCUCAUCGAACAAAUUUGGAAGAAGGAAAUACCAGAAGAAAACUGUAUGCGAUUUUUAAUUUAUUCGUGGCACACUGCUCCUUUGAAUUUAAUCGACUACAUGAUAAACGUGAAAAAUUGUGAAAUUAUGAAUAAGCUUAUAUAUGGAGAACCAAUACAGGAAAAUUCUGGUAGGUUUGAAUUUCUGAAAGCUCUUUUAUCACGAACAACGCCCGAAAUCAGACGAAGAUAUCUGCAACACGCUGGACCAUGCUUAUCGUUGAAUCAUCCGGAUGUGUUUAGUUCACUGAUAGAUCAUUGUUUUAACGAAACUGACGGUGAUAGUUUGACAGUCAAGGAAAAUAUACUCAUUGAAGAAAUGGAGUCGAAUCUACCAGCUGGAAUUAUGCACCGUUUUCGAGAUCUAUUCUACUCGAAUCGCGAAGAAUUUAACAAAUUUCUCGAGUCAUUCACUUUGAAACUAACGUUACAGACACGUUUCAAGGAGUGUUUGUUACAAUCUAACUUACUAAUCACCAAAGUACUGUGGAAAGCUGAAAAUUGGCAAAAAUUGUCACAAUUUAUAGACGAGCUGUUUCCGAACCGAGAAGUAGCUCGAUAUCAAAAGAGAAAAGUUGUUUUCACUUUUUCGCGGACUCACUGCAAUUAUCACGAUUGUUACCGGCCAAAUGGUGAUGAGAAGUUUACCGAGAUUGAUAAUCUUUUAUCUCAGGUACUUACCCAUCGAGAAGUAAUCACUGCCAAAGAAAAUAUAGGCGAUAGAUUUUUAGAAACAUGUCGAUCAAAAGGGAUCAGAUCUUUGAAAAGAAUGAAUCUGUAGAGAUUUGCUACGUGGUGUUAUUGCGGAGAUGAAGACAACCUAAACCGAUUUAGACGUUCGCUUCCGAUUGAUGAAUUAUUUCGUGAUCUUUUGAGCGAAAUAGUCGAGCGCUUCGUUAAUGGCAGGGAUGUAAGGUUAUCAUUUUCUUCACUAGACGAUCUCAUACAUUGGAAAUUUUCAUCGAAAAGAAGCGAAAUGAAAAAAUUCAAGUCGCGUGAAAUAGACCGAAUCAUGAAACAAGAUCCAGACGACACAUUUUUAUGGAAAAGGCACACAUAUUCGUAUGUGCUGAAGAAAGUUAUUGAAUGGUUUUUCGAUGGCGAUAGGCGUCAGAUUCGAGAAUUUGAGCACCGUUACUCAAAAAGCGAUAGGAUGAAGAUUAUUCACUGCAUGCAUUUGUCAGAAGAGACCACCGACUGCGGCCAGUACUAUUAUCAUACCAGUGAUGAAUCAGACAGUGGGAGGCGCCCUCGACGCCAUUCCCAUGGACUGACAAGUGACAACGAGUUUUAUAGAUUUAUUGAUAAUGAAAACUAUGACUGAUUCUUGUUAAUUUAUAGAAUUUAUAUUCACCUAGCUAUGUACAUUUUUUACCCACCUGUAAAACACAAUGUGAUAAUAUUUAAGUAGGUACCUAGCUACGUGUCGUUAAAUGGCACACACUUCUUAUACCGAUUUGUACAGAAUUUUAUUUUGUUAUGUUUUUUAAAUCCUAUAUAAAUUUUUACCAUCA